GGUUAGUUUUCAGAAAGAACCAUGUCGAAUGCGAACAGAUCGAUUCAAAAUCAGAAAUCAGCGCGAACAAAAUGGCUCAUGCACGACUUCAGCUGCUCGGCUCGCAAUAACAAAGUGGCCACCUCGGGUCCGCACGACCUGCUAACUAAAGUGGGCUACAGCGACAAGGCGUUGCCGUACGACGUCGUGGCAGCUCCUAGAGAUGCGAGUUUGGUGACUAAGAGGUCCUGGGAUAUUGCACUGAGUCCUCUGAAGCAGGUGCCUCAGAAUCUGUUCCUCAUGUGGAUGAGUGGAAACACUAUCUCAAUUUUCCCCAUCAUGAUGGUCGGCAUGCUUUGUAUGCGACCGGUACAGGCACUCUUCAGUGUGCAGGCCAUGUUCUCUCAGUUCGACUUCCCUCUCGGGCCAGGAGGUGUGCCUGCUGUGAUGCAGAAGUGUGUCUACUUGCUGGGACUCCUGUUCAACAUACUGUUGGCCAUGUACAAGUGCAGUUCCAUGGGGCUUCUGCCCCUCAACCAAUCAGACUGGAUCGGAUUCCUCACUCUGCAGACCCCGGUAGAGUUCACACCUGGACGCUACUCAUUUUUCACCACCACUACUACAUGAUGUGCACUUAUGAAGUCGUGACAUGAAGUAGAUUCAUUUGUAACAUUUGGAAAAAGAAUUUUCAUGUUUGUUGCAAUUAACAUUAUUUUGUGCUUAAAUGCGAGCGUUUCAGGUUCCAAAUGUUUCAAAUAGAUCACUCCGCUAUUUAAUCAGAUAAAUAAAUUGCAAUUGCAAUACGUGUUGCUUUGAAAAGUAGUAAUGUUACUCAUUGUUUAAUUUUCCCUAGCGUUUGUAUGUUUUUCCUUUAAACUCGAUAUUCUGAAACGUG